CUCAAAUUUCCCAGAGACGUUAAAGUAAACUCACUGCGUUCCGUUCCCAUGGGAACAGAUGAACCCUAAACCAGUACUGCAGGGCUAAUCUUAACCAAAGUGAAGAUUGCAGUAAGAUGAGGAGGAUCAUUGCUGAAGAUCUAGACUGGUCACUGGCUACAGUGUCUAGUUUGUCAAACCUCUGUCUCCAGUGCAUAGUGAACAACUUUGAAGAAAAGCCAAUAUAUGAAGAGCUUACAUCCAGUGAGAAGGACUUCAUUCAGAACAGAGUGUCCCUUUCCCUGCCUCUGCAUUUUGCAGCCAAUGUUUUCCCAGAUGGCGUUUAUUGGAAGCGACGCUGUGAGCAGAAGUGGAAAGUUUGUGAUGUCUCUAAUUACGGCGAAAGCUGGAAACGAAUGUUUUUUGAAAGGCAGCUGGAGAACAUCAUUGAACUUUUUGUUCCAGGCAUAACAGAGCCAAAGACAGUUCUAGACAUGGUCACGCUUUGUAAAGACCACAUCAAGAAGCUAAACAUCGCUCAGCUUCUGCCACCUGUCAAGGAGCCGCAGACGGAGGAUGAGGAGCAAGCAACAGAGCUGACACUUGAAAAUGAGGAUGAUAAAUCUGGUAUGGACCACUUUGACUUUAGGAUCUUGCUUGACAAGCUUACAAACCUGGAAGAGCUGCACUUGGUGUACAAAGUCAAAUCAUGUGGUAUGAACUUUGAAUGGAGCAUGUUUGAGAUGACCAACCGAGACUGUGAGUCCCUCGCCAAGGCACUUAAGUCCUGUAAGACAUUAAAGCUCUUUCGGCUCCAUCUUAGCCACCUUGAGGAUAAAAAGUGUCGUUUGUUGGUGAAGUACCUUUUAGACCACCCCUCCCUGCGCACUCUAGAUUUUUCUCACAACGUGAUUGGAGACAGCGGAGCCAGAGCCAUCGGCAAAUUGCUCACAAAGAGCAAGCUGGAGAUCCUGAACCUGUAUGACAACAAUAUUGGCGGCCCUGGGGCCAAGGCUAUAGCUCAUGCCUUGUCCAAGAACACGACUCUUGUGUCCCUCAACCUAUGUCUGAACCGUCUGAAUGAUGAGGGUGGUCAGGCUAUUUGUAAGGCCUUGUUGAACAACAAAACCCUACUUCACCUGCAACUGGGAGCCAAUGGGGUGACUUGGCUUACUGCGCUUUCCCUGUCUAGUGUGUUAGCACAGAAUAACACCCUGAAGAGCAUCAAUCUCUCCUGCAACACGCUGGGUGAGUGUUGUAUUUUGCAUCUGGAAGCACGCGCCACCAAGAAAGUGAAUCCUCUAUGCCAUUUAGGAGGUUAUUGCCAUCGUGGGCUUGUAAAGACCACAUCAGGAAGCUCGAUGAGGCCAUCUUUUCAUGUUGGAGGGAACGCUUUGGAGGAGGCGAUGUCUCACAACACCAGUGUGACAGAAUGUAAUAUCCACUUGACAGACAUCGAAGAGCGGAAGGUUUCCGUCAUUAACCAAAUGGUUUGGAACAACCAGUUUAGAAAACAAGAAACAAGCCCAAGAGAGAAGAAUACUGAGAAUGCCAACUGAUGGUUUUUAUAGUAUAAACCCAUCUUUAUCAGCCGUCUGUCUUUGCUAAACGUAUUCAUCUAAAACCACAAUAAACGAAAAUAUGCAGCAAAAUUCAACCAAAUUUGGUCUAAAACACAACAGAUGUAAGUGAGCCCUACACUAAUUCUAACGUGAGAAAAAUGUAGGCUAUGACGUGACAUUAAGAUCUUUAAACUAUCUCAAAUGAGUUGUCUGAUAUCUACUUAUUUCAUAAUGAUUGAAGCCGAUGAUUGGUUCCUGGCAGAGCAGGUCAUGUAUCAAUCACGGGUAUCCUGCACUGUCAUUAGUUGUUGUUUCAAACAGUCUCCUGAAAGUUAAGCAAAGUUUAUACUGGGAUCUACCCACUUUGCGUAGCCAGCAGGGGGAGGAUUGAAAUUUAGAAUUUAAUUGCAUUUCUGUGUGCUCUGUGGACACAUCACAACUCAACACCUGAAAACACAAUCAAUGGACAUUUACUCCAGUUCGAGUAACAUUUCCGGAAAUCUUCCAGCUGAGACUUUUUAGACAAUGAGUAAGUGUGAAUAAAUAUGUCCUGUUUUGAUUCAUAUGAAGCAAUAGGAACCAAUGAGCUUGGGACUGAGGGGAUGGACCAACACACUGCUGCUUCUGUUCUAUUUACUACACUUGUUGACAGUAUUAAAAGUUUCCUUUGGCUCACAAACAUGCAACACUGGUCAAACAGUUGACCUCAGAUCAGUGACCAUAGUCUUUCUGGCAUGUCUGUUGUGUAUUUUUAAACAAACAGACCAUAUUUUUUAGUGAGCAUUUCAGUUUAUUGAGUUUUUUGUUCUACUUUGAUACACAUGUUUGGUAUUCAGUCCUUAUGUAACAUCAAGGCAACGUCGUGAUGGUGUUGGAAUACAUAGAGACUUGCAUUGUUUUAUUUUUACCUAAUCUACUGGUAAAUAGUGUAACUCUUGAACUAGGCGGCAACAAAAUUAUCAGUCAGAUGUAAUUUACAGUCAUAGCCAUCAAUCAGGUGUAUGUCACAUCCAUCCUAAAAUCACAAAUCAGUCUCCAGAGCCAUUUGAAGAGAAAGCAGAAAAAUCUAUGACAGAAUACUGAUUUAUUAUAUUUAGAUCCUUAGUAAUCACUAAGCAUAUGUUUAUGCUUAGAUAUACCUUAUCCCAAAGCAGUCAAAUCACA